AAAUAAAAAGCGAACCCCCUUACCACUGGGAACCAGAAACAUUGCUGAAAGUUAGCCAAUUAUACCUGGAAGGAUGGCCGCUCGAAUGACAAUCAUGUUGCCGCUGGCCGUGGCUUUGAUCUGUCUGCUGCAGACGGAACCCGGAAUGGCGGCACAUAGCCACAUCAGGAAAGUUCUGCAGCUGUUCCGCAGCAUCGAGCUGGACGAUUCGAAGAAGAGCUUCUACCUGACCGCGGCCAAGUACGGCAUUCAGACGCAGCUGCGGGAACCGCUCGUCCGAUUCGCUGGAGGCUUUGCACCGUCCACUAGGCUAUCCGAAGCAUGCGUGAAGAAUGCGAUAGCCCGUAUAUACGAAAUUGAGGGAGAGUUUUAUGCUAAGUUCAGCUACGCGUGUGAAAACCACGAUCCAUACUCAGUCGAAUGCCUGGAGGAAGCACAGGAUGACUACCUCACCAAGCUGGUGGAGCUGUUCAAGGAAACCAAGAAAUGUUUGCGGGAAUAAGAGGGCGAAAGUGAAAAGCGUAAGAGAAGAGAAAGAAUGGCGAAGAAAGUAUCCACAAACGGAGUCAUGAUGGAAUUGUGGCUCGAAAACUAUGAUUUCUGAGAAGAACAGGAUGGCUUUCAAACAAACAAUAAUCCGAUGCAUUAAUCGAAUAGCGAUGGAUUACAUUUUUUACUUUACUUGCAUGUCAGAAAAGUCCUGAAGGUAUUGUCUGUUCCGUUCCUGAGAAUAAUGCACAAGAACACUUUUCCAAUGAGCUUCACAUUUCAUGAUGAGCUGAUUCUUAGUACCGCCCAGUAGAGACAGACAACCGACUUGUUGAUGAGCGAUUGGAUCAAUAUUGAGAUGAGUUCAUCAUCGUCCGACUCCGAGUUUGUUCAGAUGGCAUGCAAUCCCAUGCAACCUGGGGAAAGUAAUUGCAUCUAGUCGUGGUUUCUGUUUGCAUUCACAGUGUUACACAGGUGAGCAAUGACUCGGUCCCUCGAUGUGUGUGUGUGCUCCAGACGUGCUUUUAAAGAAAACGCUCGAUGGAAAAACAGUAUAAAAGUUGUAAUUGAAUCGUA